AUGUCAAGAGAAAAACGUCACAAAAAGAAGCAUCACCAUGGUACAACAAAUGAGAAUGAACAGGCAAAAAGCCAAUUAUUCAGUAAAGCAGAUGCUAAAUCUGUCGAAGUCUCCGAUUAUACAAUGGGUCAUGGAGCACCUCAAACUACUCAAUUAAUGCAAGAACGUACAAUGCCGACAGGUGUUGUUGAUAUUGACGAAUCUGUACAACUUCCUGAACCAUCUUCGAAAUCUCAUCAUCGACAUCAUCACUCAAAACUAAAUACGGUCCUUCAACCUAGUGAAAAUCAUUACAAAGAACAUGUUCAUUUACCACCGAUUAGUGAUCGUUCUCAUCAUCAUCAUAAUCAUCAUCAUCUUCCUGUAUAUCUUCAUCCAUCACCUGAUUAUCAUCAUUUUGAACAUUUGUCUCAUUCUAAUUCAGUUGAUCAUGAACACAAGUCAUCUCAUCAUCACCAUCAUCAACAUAAACAUCAUCAUCGACAUCAUCAUCAUAAGCAUGAUAAAGAAGUCGCAACAUAUGAUUCUCGUUGGUGGUAUAUGCCAGUCAAUUCAGUUCAUGCACCGAAACCAUGGCGACCUCCUGAAUAUCAUUAUGCAGCACCAAAAUGGUACGAAUCACCUAGCAAAGAGAGUGGAAUAUCGAUUGAUAGUCAAGAAUCAAUAUUACCUUCUCGAAAAUAUAUUGACUGCCGAUGUGGAGUAUGUAAGCCACCGAAAGAUACGCCUCGUGGUAUUAAAUGGGUUGGCAAUGAAUAA